AUGGCUACAACUCUAGGAGCUUUUGUGGCUGGUGGCAUUGCAGCUUGCGGAGCAGUCACAGCUACGCAUCCGUUUGAGACAGUCAAGAUCCGCAUGCAAUUGCAGGGCGAGCUUCAGGAGAAGAGUCUUCAACCGCGCAUGUAUAAGGGCCCUCUCCAUGGCGUCUCAGUCAUCGUUCGCAAUGAGGGGGUCAGGGGCAUCUAUCGCGGAAUCGGCACGGCGUAUAUCUACCAAAUGAUCCUCAAUGGAUGUCGAUUGGGCUUUUACGAACCAAUACGGCAUACUAUAACCUCGGCCAUCUGCUCGGACUCGACAACGCAGAGCUUGGGGAUUAAUAUCUUCUCGGGCGCUUCUUCUGGAAUAUUGGGCGCCGCGGCUGGGAGUCCGUUCUUUCUGGUUAAGACAAGAUUACAGAGUUUCUCUCCGUUUGCACCGGUGGGCACCCAACACAAUUACAAGAACGCUGUGGAUGGUAUGAUGCAGAUAUACAAGGGAGAGGGCGUCAAUGGGCUCUACAGAGGCGUGGGGGCUGCUAUGGUGAGGACAGGGUUUGGCAGUUCUGUACAGCUGCCAACGUACUUUUUCGCGAAGAGGAGGCUGCAAAAGCAUUUGGGGAUGGAGGAUGGUCCAGCCUUGCAUUUGGCAAGCAGUUCUGCUAGUGGAUUCGUGGUAUGCUGCGUGAUGCAUCCUCCGGACACCAUCAUGUCUCGCAUGUACAACCAAAACGGAAAUCUCUACCAAGGAGUGUUGGAUUGUCUAGCGAAGACGGUCAAGACCGAAGGGGUGUUGGCUAUUUAUAAAGGAUUCUUGCCCCAUCUGGCAAGAAUCUUGCCUCACACCAUUUUGACACUCAGUUUGGCCGAGCAAACAAAUAAGUUGAUGCGCAAGCUGGAGGACAAGAUUCUUCCUCCACCCGACGAGAAAAAGAAUGUUUGA